AAUAACUACAGAUAUAAUGGAUGUAAUUUCUCUCCAAUGGCAAUGGCAAUGGGGUUUCAGUACCUAGUUUUAGUGUGGAUGGUAAUAAGUUGUGCAAUGGCAGAUAAAGCAAAAGACAGAGAGGAGUGCACAAAUGAGUUGGUAGGGCUUGCUACAUGUUUGCCUUAUGUUGGAGGUCAAGCAAAAUCUCCAACACCUGAUUGUUGUAGUGGUCUAAAACAAGUCCUCAAGGAUGACAAAAAGUGCUUGUGCGUGAUUAUUAGAGACAGAGAUGAUCCAGAACUUGGUCUAAACAUCAAUGUUACACUUGCUCUAGGCCUUCCUUCUGUUUGUCAUGCAUCUGCUAACGUUUCUCAAUGUCCUGCUCUUCUACACUUGGAUCCUAAUUCCCCUGAAGCUCAAGUUUUCUACCAAUUUGGUAAAACCUCUAACCAUGCUGCUAGUAGCCCUGCUCCAAGCCCAACGGCUGGAGGAUCAGGUAACUCCAUCAGUGCAAGAAGCAGCAAGGGGACCAGUGAUGGAUGGUGCAGUAGAAAGAGAUGGGUAGAAUUGGAGAUUGUUUCUGGAGUUGUCUUACUGCUUUAUUUUAUCACUUCAUAAAUGUGAUAAGUGAUAAUUGAGGAUCGAUUUGUAUUUCUUCAAUAACAUGAGCCUUGAGUUGACUGUUCAGUUACUACUGUGUCUUUCUUUUACUAUAAUUUAAUUAUAGUACUUGUUGAAUGAA